AUGGACACCAAAUCAGUUCAAGUUCAAUCUCCAGCUACUCCAAUCUACAUCCUUCGUGGACAUGCUUCUCCAGUCCAUGCCCUGCACAUCUACAGCCAGAAUUUACGGCUUGUAUCCGGUGAUGCUAAUGGCUGGAUCGUUGUUUGGGACCUGGUCACCAAACGCCCUGUGACGGCAUGGAAGGCCCACGAGGGAGCUGUUUUGGAGGCCAGAGGCUUUGAUGUUGGCUCAGGUGCUACCGAGGUUUACACACAUGGCCGCGACCACAAACUAUGUGUGUGGAAGCUUCGUCCAGAGGAUGAGACUUUUCUCAAUAAGACGCUUCCAGUGGAUGCGACCGAGUCCGCACAGCCAGGAAGUAAAACCCAGCCAUGGUUACUCCAUUCCUUGCCCGUGAAUGCGCUUAAUUUCUGUGCGUUCUCAAUGGCCUUCGUGAAUCAAGACGGGCUUCCUGCAUUUCCAUCCCAAUCCAGAAGACCAGAGAACACUCUCUUUGCAGUACCCAAUGCCUUAGACUCUGGUGGAGUCGAUAUCUUCCAACUUCCGUCCGAGCGCAGGAUCAGUACUAUUCCUUCCGAACAAUCCCCUAAAACUGGAAUGCUGAUGGCUGUAAAUCUCUUCGUCUCACCUUCUGGGGAUCUCUACGUCGCCUCUGCAUACGAAGAUGGCCAUGUGAUGGUCUUCGUUCAUCGUGGAGCUCUCAAGUCGGCCAGCUUUGAGCGCGAGUACAUAAACAACAACCCUUUGAAAUGGGACAAGCUUUAUGCUGGCCGCCCUCAUUCCCAGCCGGUCCUUUCCUUAGAUGUCGCCCCCUCCCAUGGAUACUUCAUCUCUUCUUCUGCGGAUGCUCUGAUCGUCAAGCAUCCCAUCCCCAGCACGGGGUCUGCGGGUUAUAUCACUACCGCUGGCUACAAAGAAGAAUCUCCCUUGAAGAUUGUCAACACAAAGCAUUCGGGUCAGCAGGCAGGAUCCGGGUGUACUCUCGGCAAAACCAUGAAAGAGCUGGCUGUGCUGAAGUGGCACAAGGAUGGUUGUUAUUCUGUAGCGUUCGGGGAUACUGAAAGUACGUCUUCGUUGGUGUCUCCAUCGCCUGAGUCUGCAAAACAAGAACCCCGAGAUGCAGACCAGCGCGCAGCAGGACAGACGACCGUCGACGGACGCAACUACUCUCUUGCAACAGUGCAGCAACAACGGAAUCAAAAAGUACAAGAAACUCAUUGGCUAGCGGCUGGGUCCAAGGACGGGAAGAUUUCAUUAUGGGAUAUCUACUGA